AGUAUCUCCACGUCUCUCUCUCUCUCUCUUUCUGGCUGAUCGUUGCGGGCUCUGAAAUCGACACUCAAAACUCUUAAAAUACAAUUACACGCAAAAGCCGAAUGCGUGGAUAUCAUGCAGUCACAUGAAAGCUCUUUAAUUUUAGCUGAUAAACAUACGACCCACCUCUCCUCUUCCUCUUUUGGGUGUUUUUUCCUCUGUGUGUAAUCGAAGGGGGGAGACUGCGUUCAGAGACGGGGAAAACAGGAAUGUUUCUUCCGGUUCCAAAGAUAGUAAAAACGGAACGGAAGCAGAUGUGCAUCAUCCAUUAGGCCUGUUUAUCUCUUCAAUACAAUGCAAUACCAACAACAAUGACUGUGGUUAUUGAUUUACCAGAACAGUAUAUAAUCAGAGGAGAGGGUGUUAAAGACGUCCACUUUAGUGAAAGGUCUUUGUAGCCUGCCAGCGUACUCUUGUAGUACUACCCUCGCAUCCGCCUUAUCGAACCCUUUGCCACUGAGUUCCACUGCCAGCUUUGGUUUUCCCCCAACUGCAGGAAAAACCAUUGAGACAAGAGAAAGGCCUCUGUCUCCAGAACUGCAGCUGACCUCUGACUGCAUGUCUCAGAGCUCUGACCGACCCCCCUCCUCUUCCUCCUUCCACUUCACCUCAAGGACCCACAUUUUCACACAACCAUAACCUCCGAACCUCCAGCCAGCUGCUAGCUGCUUCACCACAGGCACGGUUGGCAAUUGCUCUCCUUGAGCAGAAGCACUGACAAUCGCCCCCCGACCGGCCCCCGAUUGGUGCUUCUUCAGUGGGGGAGGGAGGGGAAGGAAGGCAGCUUAACACCGUGCCGCUUUCCCCGGAGAUGAAGCUGCAGGCUGUCAUGGAGAACCUGCACAGGCAGCAGAGGGCCAAGCUACUGAUGGAGCAGCAACUACAGCAGCAAGCCGCCACCCAACACACUCAGAUCCGCGCAGGUGGAGGAGGAGGCGAUGAGCCAAUGGGGAGCCCGGCCCCUGAGGCGGAGCAGGCCCAGAUGGCAGCACUAGCAGCCAUGCGUGCAGUGGCUGCCGGGCUGCAGAGGGUGUCCGACAGUCCCAUGUCAGAGCGCAGCAGCGGCGGCGAGGAUGACGGUGACGAAGGUGACGACGAUGAAGGAGAGGAGCAUUACAAGGACAUGAUGGGGUCAGAUGAGGAGGAGCAGAUCAAACAGAAAUGGGAUGAGGAAGACUUUGAAGGCGAGAUGGAAGAAGACUUUGACGAUGACCUGGCAGAGGAGGGUCUGCCAACGGGCCAUGGUGCAGUGGCUCCUGGGAAGGGCAUCCUCCUGCUGCCCCACCGUCAACUCCACCCCCACUCCCAUCUGAAGGCCCGUCCCAGUGUAGACCAGGAGCCCCGUGUAGCCAUUCUGCCUCCCCACGCCACACACAGCCAUCUGGGCGGGCAGGACCAUGGAGAUUGGACCUACGAGGAGCAGUUCAGACAGCUGUAUGAACUGGACAGAGACCCAAAGAGGAAAGAGUUUCUGGAUGACCUCUUCAGCUUUAUGCAAAAAAGAGGAACCCCGGUGAAUCGUAUUCCCAUCAUGGCCAAGCAAGUUCUGGAUCUGUACAUGCUCUACAGGCUGGUGACAGAGAAGGGCGGCCUUGUGGAGGUCAUCAACAAGAAACUGUGGAGGGAGAUCACCAAGGGACUCAACCUGCCUACCUCAAUCACAAGUGCAGCCUUCACCCUCCGCACACAAUACAUGAAGUACCUGUACCCAUAUGAAUGUGAUAAGAGGGGUCUGAGCAACCCCAACGAGCUCCAGGCAGCCAUCGACAGUAAUCGGCGGGAAGGCCGACGGCAAAGCUUUGGCAGCUCCCUCUUCACCUACUCGCCCAAUGGGACGCCCACCAUGCUCUCCUCUCCGAAGCUCCCCACGACAAGUGUGGGCAUGACAGUGGGCACCAACGGGGCAUCGCUGACGCCCAUCCAGAAGAUCAAGAAAGAAGAGGAGGGAGGCCAGCCGCUGCCAGGGAUCGGUAUGUCUCGUUUGCCAGCGGGGGCUUUGGCGGGUCACUCGGUGGCUGCUGUGCAGGCAGCGGCAGCUCAGGCAGCCAUGGCGGCUCAGGUGGCGGCUCUGGAGCAGCUGAGGGACAAACUGGAGGCCGGCGAGCCACCAGAGAAGAAGAUGGCGCUGCCUGCCGAGGAACACCACCGACUGCUGCAGAGAGCGCUGCAACACAACCUGCUGGCAAUGACCGCUCAGAUACCAAUGAACAUCCGCAUCAAUAACCAAGACAGCAGGCAGGACUCGGCCCUGAACCUCACCACCAACGGCACAAGCAGCAUCAGCAUGUCAGUGGAACUCAAUGGAGUCGUGUACAAUGGCGUUCUUUUUGCUCAGGCAGCAGCAGGGUCAGCCUUGUCCGGUACAUCUGGAUCGUCUGUCUCCAACAAGACGGCCCGUGUCGCUCCACAGCAGCAACAGCAGCACACACCUACCUCAACCUCAACAUCCAGCAACUCAUUGUCUUAACAAAACCCCAGCCCUUCCCCUUUUAUUAUUAUUUUUUUAAUUACCACGCUAAGUAAAGCCAAAAAUCAACCUCAUUUUCUACAUAAUCUAUGCCAAAAAGAGAAGAACCAUAAACUGUACAGAGACACAAACUGAAACUCGGAUCACUUGAAGUACACUAUCUCAGGUUUUCUCUCACCAACUCACCUCUUUUGUUCUUCAUAGCCAAAAUGAUUUCGUAAAAGAAAAAAAGACCCAACUGAGAGCCAGUAUAUGCUACACAAAUAUGUAUGCACAGCCUGUGAAUUAUUUAUUUCUGCAUAAAUGUACAGAUUACUGAAGAACAAAAGAGAUGGUAAUAACUAGGAAGGUUAAUGCACUGUUUACACACACAAACACAGCUACCGAUUGACAGCGUUUUAUCCUCUAGGGGAGAGAUUUUUUAUUUUUUAUUUUAUCUUUUCACUGUCGUUAUUAUCGUUAUUGUUAUUCUCUUUAUUGUGUUAUAUCAUUUUAAACAAUCGUUAACAAUCCUCUCACUGCAGGAAAAAAAUCUAUAUAUUUAGAAUUCUAUUAAAAAAAAAAAGAAAAUAUGAAUAUCUUCUAUUUUUAGUCAGAAAAGCUUUAAAGGUAUAUGUUGUUUCUUCAGGGCAUAUAACAAUGUACCGCUGUGACCUCAUUUUGUGUAAAAACCGUAUACCUUAUUCACAUGGCAGCCAUUUUGGAUCUGUGUAUGGACGAGCGAGUCCAGUGCAUGUCUGCGCUCCUGUUGUUGGUGCCCAGAUACACAUCAUAUCAGUGUCACAGAUUCUCCAGUGAAACACAAAUAUGAAACAACUGGAUCUCAAGAAUCUGCAAGGAAAUUGGUUCAUACAUUUGAUCCAUUAUUGAUCGCUACCAGAGUCUAGGUAGUAGCCUAAUUAGCUACGUAGCUGACAUCCCUGCUGAAUUCUAGCAGCUGCUGUGGUUCUUCUUCCUGAGACAGCUGGCUAUUUUUUAUCCAUAAUCCUCACCUGUUUGUUGACAUAAGGCCAGUUCAGUGUAUAUGUAUGCUAAUCUUGCAGGUAGUUUGUCAAGCUUAAUGUUCAUAAUGGCUGUUUGUGCAGGUGGGGAAAUUAACUACGGCCUUUCUGCACCUCAACACGCUGGGCUUUCUGAGCCUCAGCUACAUCCACACCGUUCCUGUUGCGAUUAUUACACGUUGUUCAAUUUUUCUCAGGUGUCUGCCUGCUCAUCGCAUUGUACAGUAUCUGGAUGCAAUGCAAUGCUUUGCAACAUCUUUCUCUGCUGAAAGAUGACAUUUUUAUUUUCUUAUUUUUCUAAUUUGUCUUAAGGUCAGAUGCAUGCCCGUGUUUGUAGAUGAAGCUCUUCAGCUAACAGGAGUCGUGUAUCCACUAAAUCCAUGUCACUGUUGGAGACACUCACAUGGGUGGACAAUCAGGUGUCAGAAGAAGCUAUCUGAGCUUCAGAAGAAACUCAUCCUGACAGUUAUUUCAGCUCAUAUCAGACGUUUUGUUUUUUAUAUUAUAGAUUACAGAUGCUUUUAUUUUUUGUGCCCACUUUGUGUUUUGUUUUGCAUGACUUAGUGCUUCUUCUGAUCCAAGUGCUUCUUAUCCUGUGCUGUGACCGGGACAGGGUCUCCUUAAGACUAGCUUGCCAAUGAUAUAGCAGAGAAUGUCAUGUGAUCCUCUGACUGUUUUUAGAUAAUGCUUAUUUGGGGCUUUUGACAAUGUGAGCUCAGAGGUAAUCAUAGCCGUGGCUGAGCGCUUGAUUGUGUCAUUCACUGCUGUUAGAUUUAUAAAAAGUUAAAUCAGCCACAGUGGAGAAACUAUAUCAUUCAUAAUUAGAUGUGUCUCUGGAUUUUGAAGUAGAUCAAUCACUCAGCUUUUUGAACUUUAACCUCUCUCUCUGGACUGUUAGCUGUUAAAGAUUGUUGCUCAACCCCCCACCCCUACACAAAGCAGCCUCUUUCCUACUGACGUUAGGAAGUAAAUCAGGCUUUGUAUGUGGGUUCUGUUCUGAGGCCUUAACACAGCAUGAGAUGACCAGAGAGCGAGCAGUCCCUCCAACUAAUCAGUUUUUACUGUUCCAGUCAAAUAUCACCAGAUGGCUGUAGUGGCUUUGAUUCUGGACUCGCUUCUCGGUCGGAAAUCACCACCAGCUGCUACACAAACACUGGUCAGUUUUUAAGAGUACUCUUUAUCCUCAGACUGCCAACAACUUUCAUUCAAAUACACAUACAAUCAUUAAAUGCUGUUAUUAAAGUUUGUAAAAUAGUGAGAAUACUUCUUGACAUAAAGCAGUGAACUGCCCGGCUACACUUGUUUUAUUACUUCACAAGAAUUGUGCAGCAGCAGUUUGAACUUGUGGAUAGGUAGAUAAUCAGAGAUCAUCACCUAUAUGAAAUGGGUGCUACUGCUACAGUUUUAUGUGUGUUUGAGGUUUUACAUUUUAUACCACCUGUCAGGUAAAAUAACUUACUGUGACUGGCUCGCAGGCCAGAACAAAGAAGGGAGACAUAUGCCUAACUUAACAAUAAUAAACAGAAAUUUAUGAAAGUAGGUAAAAAUAAUUAAUAAUAAUAAUUAGAAACUCAGUGAGGUGCAAAAGUAAGUCAGUUCAAGAGAUGUAUCAAAGUGUAUGAAUGCAAUGGCUGAUAAUGAGGUUUAUGUUGUCAAUCUAAAACAUCAUUCUGGCGUCUGGGCAGGCGGGCUUAAAUAACACUGGCCAGAUGUUCCCAGUUACUGCAAUGGCACCUCAGCUACACCCAAACACACACUACACAGGACCAAGGCAAAUGGCGCUGGGUCCAUCAAACUAUAAAUAAACAAUAAUGGAGAAUCAUUGCGUCAUACUAACCUUCAGUGAUUAUUAAAUUCUCGAACAGAAGCAUAGCUCAACUUGUUAGCUUUUUCAUUAAUCAUUGAGCUUUCUCAGGCACUUGACUCUCAGAGAAGUGAGCUUAAUUAUUUGAAGAAAGAGUCAAUAUUCUACCAAUAAACACGAUUGUGUGAUACAAUUGAAAGCUCCAGAACAGAUACUGAGCGAAGCUUGUGGUGAGAUCCGUUUUCAGUCCCAUCAGAUCUGCUAGUUAUUUCAGUAGCUUCCAUGUUCAUAGUUCACACGCCAAAUACAGAACUUUGCCAAGUGUGCUAACAAAGCUUUUUUAGCCAGUUUAAAAUAAUAAAUGUCAAACCUCAAACAGUCACAAACAGCAGUUACAAGAGGGAAAACUGCAGCUGUAACAGUUGUAGCCCACAGGGGGCAUGUCUCAGAAGGUCAAACGGUGAAGGUGGCAAAGUUCGGACUUGCUGCAUGUUGCACCUGUAUUUCAGUACUGCUGACAACACUGAGCCUGGUUUAAUUUGCUUUACAUCACUGUCACUUUGUGUUCUUGUCCAUAGGUUUUAGGUGAGGGUUCAUGAAGUCUGUAGAUUGCACGGUUCUGUUUAUUAGCUUUCUCCUCUGUCCCCUACUUCUGCAGUUUUCUCAGAGGGUAUCAGUAUAAUGCUGCUCACAAACAGCGGCUCUUUGGCUCUGACCACCAAGGUUUAACUCAACCAGAUUGUUUUUUUGGUGUGAGAAACAUUUGCUAAACUGAAACUCACGGUCUGUGUGCGACUAUAGCUUUCUCUUAGCAGAGGUGGGAGAUAAUACAAAACCAUGUUUAAACCAAUGUGGCAUUUAUGCAGUAUUGAUGCAGUCUGAUUGAUCAGGUUAUUGGUGUAAAUUGGUUACAGAGGAAGGCAACAUGUUUUUACAGUGAGAAAUGUAGGUCAAGUGAAACAGUUCCUCACUGUGGACAGUUGAGUCGUGUACAGAUGCACACUAAUGCUGAACUGGCUUCUUUGCAUUUGAUUGCAUUGACACCUUUUAUCCAAAGCAUUAAGCCUUGUGGUUACUUUUUAUUUUAAUCUGGGUCUUAUUGUUGUAGUUUUGGCAACAUACAUUCUUGAAACCACUAAAAACCUGCUUUAUUUAUCUUUAUGACUAGCCAGUUAUUAGGUACAGUACUAACUCUGUAAACUCACGUUCAUUUAGAUCUGUUGGCUUUUUAGUAGGGUUAAGAUUGUAACCCGAGUGAGGCAUAAAUUAGCUUAGCAUGGUUUAACUUUUUCUGUAAAGCGCUUAACAGUAAAUACAGAAACAGUGAAAUAGAGAAAGGUUUUGAACUUCAAAUUUUGAGGUUUAUGAUUAAUAAUCAUUACUGACCUUACAUGAAACAUACAACAUUUAGAAAUGUUUGUCUCUAUGUUUAAACAAUCGAAAGGGAAAACACAGUAUCUACAAAUAUAAUGUAUGUUUAUUCAGUUAUCUUUUACAUUUGAACUUAUAACUAGUGUAAUAAAUUAUUUGUUAAUAAAAUAAAUGUUUAAUAUGUGUAUUAUAGGUAGCUUAAGCACAAGAAAUCACGUGAUUUUCACUGCAGUCAGAAGCUACAGAGAUGGCAGUUAAUUCUAUUCUGCUAGUUAGGCUAGUUAACAUUUUGCAGGACUAGUUUAUCCGGUGUUCCUUUUUUCUCUCCAUUAUUAUUUAAGAGCUGAUGUUUUAUUUAUAUGGAAUAACAAGCUCAGUUACUAGAUUUUGGAGCAUCAAAUUUGAUUUUUCAAUUCCAGGAAACCAGAAAUUGGACAAACUGGCUUUAACUAUCUAGAGAAACUGCUGUGACUGCUGGAGUGCAGUCACAGCAGUUUGGUUUUCCGCACUGUCUCAUAAUUCUUAUGAAUUUCCACCCCCAAAAAAUAUACAGUUGAUGGUAUAAUAAUUUCUGUGAUAAGGAAAAAUGUCAAAAAGUCAGAUUCUGGUCUUAACUCAGUAUGUAGUUACUGCAUUUUUCCUUGUAGGGCAGCAGUCUCUACAGUAAUGGUGACGCAAACAUGCUAAACUAGCCUAUAGAUAUAUAUAACUUAGCCAUGAUGACUAUGACAGAAAGACCCAGAGUGAAAAAAGAAACUAAUUUAAAACAAAUUUACAUUUUAGUGUUGUCCUUCUCUUUCACCUGUGUAAGCAGGCUACUGUAAACUUCAUUUAUUACGAUGGAAAAGGAUAUUUUUACUCCGUCAGUUUGGUGACAUGCUGAAAGCCCAACAUUUCCUCUCUCUCUCUCUCUCUCUCUCUCUCUCUCUCUCUCUCUCUCUCUCUCUCUCUCUCUCUCUCUCUCUCUCUCUCUCUCUCUCUCUCUCUCUUUUUCUAUGAGUAGCAGAUGUCACAGUUGCUGGUAAUGGCUGACAAUCAAAUGGAGACAUGCUGCGGCUGAAAGCAUUGGUUUGGGGGGAGGGCUGCUGGAGAGAGCAAAAUUCAAUCAAUACAAUCUAAAGGAUCAACAUUACUUUUUUUUUUAUUUGACCCUGAGACCUCUUGGCCCCAGAGACAACAUUUAAGCACCUGCCCCCUUAAAUGGAUCUGUGUUUAUCGUAGAUCUAUCGACAGGCUCUGUGAGAUAUUUGCAUUUGAACAGUGGAGGAACUGCAGCACUCUCUCUCUCUGUUUCAGUGCGUUCACAGCAGCAUCUCAGGGAAGGUCGGCAUCUUUUUAAUUGCGUGGUACACAAUCAAGUGAUGUUAUGACAACACUGUAUACCUCCAAACAAUAACAUCCCUUCAACCACAGUAAAACCCCGUUUCUACCUCAAGAACUAAAUCUUUUGGCAGAUUUCUUUGCUUCAGCCACAACAGAGAAGCCUGUUGAAGGUUUGUGCAAGAAAACCUCAUCAAAAUGUUGUUGAUGCUGGUUUAUAAAGACUUAAAGACACUCUUAUGAAAGAGAUUGUAUUGACCACAGACAAUCAGAAAUCUGCUUAAAAUUGUGACUAAUCAAUUUAAGUUGAGCAAGGGGAUCCAGAGCUGUCAGUAUAAUUGAGGAUUCAGUCCAAGUUUCAACCUCUUUACUAAGAGCUCCCCUCAGUGGAAGGUUUUGUUAUGACAACACAAAAGGGUGUCUGACCCAAGGCGGCAAAGAUUCAAUGUCCUUCAGUUUGACAAUUUACUGCAAAAAAAAUACAUAUUUCCAUGUCUUGGUUUCAACCUUGUUGAGGUGACAAAGCUUCUGAAACAGCAUUUAGAAUCUGUAGCUCAUCAAGGCAUUCAAUUAAUUCACUUAAAGAAUUAGUCUACUCAUUAAAAACACAGCAAACAAUCAAUGAUUAAACAUCCUGUCUUGCAUGUUUCUCUGUAGCUUUGGUCAGUCACCUACCUACAUAUUUGAUAUCUGAUAUUUUAAGAAACAUUGAAACGAUCAGUCUUAACGCUGUAGCAGAGUUUCUAGCAGAUUUUGGUUCAGACUGGUAUUUUUUUCUGAAUGCUACCAGCUGCGUGUCUGUGUCUGUGUGUUUGCUGCCGCUUUCACUCGUAGAACGUGCAAGUGAUGACCAUGCAGUUGUUGGCUUUAUUUGUUCGUCAAAGGUACAUCAUUGUUGUUUGCAGUUAAAAGCUUGGAUUGAUUUUAAAAGUCUGCUGGUUUGGUGCAUUCGUGUGCUGUUGUAUUUAUCAGAACAAUGACUUAGCUGGACUCUAUUAAUCGCAUUCUUAGUGAAAAAUGCAUUUUGUUUGUCUCUGAGUUUGAUUUCCCGACAAAUGUAGAUUGUAAGUCUGGGAAGUCACAGCUUUCAAUCAGCACAAACCCUCUGCGUCUCUCUUGGUUGGCUUGCUCGCUCUAUGUCACAAUGUCAUAACAUAAGAAAGUCAUACGUUUCAAGCGUUUUACCUUGAAAUAUUGCUGCUUUUACUACCACCACAGCCAUAGCUGAAGUACCUUUUGAAAUCUUGUCCAGAGUGUCUUGUAGAGAAAUUACUCUGACUCUUGUUCCCCACAUGUUGACGACAUGGAAAUUCUGCUGCAACAUUGACUGCUUACGGUGCAUGUGGGUUUGGGGCUUUUGACUGGACUUCACCACUGACUUUACCUCCAUCAGGAGGACUGUGGAUAAGGAAAAUGAUGAUGAGAAAUAACAAGAUGCCUUCUGCUGUGACAAUGUUGUAUGAAUUAACCUGUAUUACUAAGAUUCAUUAAAUUGAAUAUUUCUGAACUAUGGCUGUUUAGGGCUGUGAACUGUAUCAUGUUUAUAUUGUUUGUUUUGAUUUAUUUUUUUGCUUUUCUUUCCUUUUUUCCUCUGGAUUUGCUGUAGCAACACCCGCACAUGGAGAUUACAUUUAGAGCAGUUUUAUAAAUAUGGCGAUGAUGAUGAUGUCAUUAUUUUAGGAAAGCAUGUGAUGUUUGUGGGGGCUUCACGUGUCUAACUUCAGAAUUGAAACAAGGCUCUUGUCUUUUACAACUUCUCAGGAAAAUCUACCUCUACCUCCAGUUUGAUGCAUUUAACCCAGUGAGGACUCAAGUUACAGUUUAGUGGGUACACAAAGAGGGCGGACACCAGGGUCCGAAAUGAACUUCAACAUACCAGUAACGUACUUUAUAGAUUAAUUAUAAUCUCAUGACACACAUGAGAUUGUAUUGAAAAUAAUUAUUGUGGUGUAUUAUAUCAUUAUCUUGGCUGGAAAAAAAAUAAAAAUAUAUAUAUAUUUGUCACCCUGGUAGGUGAACUGAGAGGUUAAUUUUGGACACUGGGGUGGCUUUCUGUCUCUGUGUUUUCACUCUCUGUGUUACAGGCAUCGUAACUCUUCUGCUGUUUAGUUUAUUUGAUGAGCAGCAUCAACUACAGCGAACCUACAGCUAACUACUACUAGUACAAGUACUGCUUCUAGUGUCACUGUUAGUACUGCGAGUUGUCUUUUUUUCAGUCAGUUCUAUUCAUGUGUGCUUACUCCGCCUUUUUCUAUAAAUGAUUAAAUUUUUUGAUGAAUGGGAUGUUUCCUGGUCCACAGUAACAGUGAAGUGGCGGCGGGCAAUGCAACUGGUUGGUGUUUUUAUUUUUUCGUUUUUGAAGGUUGGAGAGCUAUUCUUGCCUAUUUACUCUGUGUUUGUGUGAAUACUUUUAUUUUGAAUCUGAAAUUAAUAAAAUAUCACCUUUCUUAAAUGUCA